CCUGCGACCCGAAAGUCUCUCUCUCUCUCUCUCUCUCUCUCCUCCUCCUGCUCCUCCUCCUCCUCGAUCCCCUGGUCGAUCGAUCUAUCGAUCGCCGCCGCCAUGGAUUCCUUCCUCUGACACCGCGCCUUCUUCUUCCACCGCCGCCUCCGCCGCCGCCUCCGCCGCCGCUCGAAGGGCAGAGGGAUCAGUUUCGCCGAUCAUUUCGAUCCUGAGGAGCCCCUUCGAAGAUUCCAGAUACUCGCCGCGUCUGCUAGCAAGCGGUGAGGAUGUCAACUCCUUCGAGGAAAAGACUGAUGAGGGAUUUUAAGAGGUUGCAACAGGAUCCUCCAGCGGGCGUCAGUGGUGCCCCUCAUGAAAACAACAUAAUGCUGUGGAAUGCUGUUAUAUUUGGCCCUGAUGACACUCCUUGGGAUGGAGGAACGUUCAAAUUGACGCUUCAGUUUUCAGAAGAAUAUCCUAAUAAGCCACCAACCGUGCGAUUUGUUUCAAGAAUGUUCCAUCCAAACAUUUAUGCAGAUGGGAGCAUUUGUUUGGACAUUCUACAAAAUCAGUGGAGCCCUAUUUACGAUGUAGCUGCUAUUUUGACCUCUAUCCAGUCAUUGCUGUGUGACCCAAACCCGAACUCUCCUGCAAACUCAGAAGCUGCGAGAUUGUUUAGUGAGAACAAACGUGAAUACAAUAGGAGAGUUCGUGAGGUAGUCGAGCAAAGCUGGACUGCUGAUUAAAGCGUGCCUUGUUGGAUGCUCAAACGUUUGAGAGAAUAGUCCUCUUGCCUGUUUAAAUUACAUUGAGAAACUUGAGAACCAUUGCAGUGUGAGCUUCUUAUUAAGUGAAUAUUUGACUGGCUUGAAAGCGGUGUGGGUGAAUAUUCGAGUGCAUGUAGCUUGGACCGGGGCAAAAUUGACCGCAGGCUUUGGUCGGGAUGCUUUAGAAUCCACAAGAAGCUAAAGAUGAUUUGUUAAUCGAAACAAUCUAGCUCAGGAUGUACUACUGUUUGCUCGAUAAGUUGAAACGUCCAAGGAUUGAGAUAUUCAGUCCUUGGACCAAUUGCUCAUUGUUAGCUGCUGUAAUGUUAGGAGGACCAAGGUUCUGAAAUUUAUGCAGGUCUACCUGCUUAUUUGCAA